UUUGAACACAAUGAAAGCACUAAUGACUUAUGUGUGCAAUAUACACCGUUAGAAUAACCGAGUAACACUUCAGCACACGGUCAGACUGCCGUUUUGUGAAACUUCUAAGUACACAGACUGCUGCUAUUACUGCCGCUCUCUCUCAGGUAUGAAAAUAUAACGCAAGAGGCAGCAGUAGGGUAACCUCCCGGAACUAUAUGCUUUAGGAUGGUUGAGAGUCGGUAGUAAAUAUUGCAACGCUACAAUGGAAGCUGCCUGUGAAGUAAACGUUGAGCAAAGAAUGGAAAAGAAACUUAUAAGGAAACAUAAGAAAAAACAAAUCUUGCUGAAAAAUGAAGGAAUCGAGAUUACGUCUCAACCAACUCAGAAUCUGGUGAUUGCCAAUGGAGGACUGGGAAACGGAGUAAGCAGAAAGGAGCUACUUGGUGUUCUUAAGGAAGCUGGAAAUGUAAAGGCACUGCUAAUGCCCCCAGAUAAACCUUAUGCAUUUGUGACAUACGAAACAGUGGAAGAAGCUAUGGUUGCUUAUAACACCCUCAAUGGAUGUAAUCUUGAAUCAGAAGAGUUGAAGCAGAAUAUCUUUCUCUAUCUGAGCUACGUGGAGAAAGUUCACUAUAAAGAAGACACAUGUCAGACUCUUCCUCCGGGACUGAUUGUGGUAGAGGACUUUGUUUCACCAAACUGUGAAGAAAAGUUAUUGUCGAGUAUUGACUGGGAUUUUGGAACAGAUAAUGAAUCCGCCCAGAAGUCACUGAAGCACCGAAAAGUGAAACACUAUGGAUAUGAAUUCCGUUAUGAUAAUAAUAAUAUUGAUAAAGAUAAACCUUUGCCUGGAGGCCUUCCGGAAGUUUGUAGUGAAGUUUUGAAUAAAUGCCUUGAGUAUGGAUAUAUACGUCUUAAACCAGAUCAGCUGACCAUCAACCAGUAUGAGCCUGGACAAGGAAUCCCCCCUCAUAUUGAUACCCAUUCUGCUUUUGAAGAUGGAAUAAUUUCUCUCAGUCUUGGAUCUCAGACUGUAAUGGAUUUUAAGCAUCCAGAUGGCAGAUGUGUGGCGGUAAUGUUGCCUCGUCGCAGUUUAUUAGUGAUGACUGGCGAAUCCAGAUUCCUUUGGUCCCAUGGGAUUACACCAAGAAAACUUGAUGUGGUUCAAGCAACUGAGAACCAAAUGUCUAGAGCAGUAAUUAAUGAUAUUAGAGAUCUAACUCUAAAUAAGAGAGAAACGAGGACUUCUUUUACCUUCAGGAAAGUGAGAAGAACUGCUUGCAACUGUGGAUAUCCAGCAGUUUGUGACAACCACAUUAAGAAAGACGUGCCUUUGGUCCCUCAUUGUGAGAGUGAAGCAUUUAUGCUGGAACAAGAGUAUGUGCACAAAGUGUAUGAAGAAAUAGCUGGACACUUCAGUAGCACCAGGCAUACUCCAUGGCCAAAAAUAGCAACAUUUCUUAAAUCUUUGCCUCAAGGAGCUAUUGUAGCAGAUAUUGGCUGUGGGAAUGGCAAAUACUUGGCUGUAAAUCCAACACUCUAUAUGGUUGGCUGUGAUCGUAGCAAAAACCUUGUGGAUAUUUGUGGAGAAAGAGGAUUCCAGGCCUUUGUUUGUGAUGCCAUGUCCGUACCUAUACGGAGUAAUGUUUGUGAUGCUUGCAUUUCAAUAGCAGUGAUUCAUCACUUUUCAACAGAGGAAAGAAGGCUAGCAGCUAUUACUGAACUUAAGAGGCUUUUGUGUCCUGGAGGCAAAGCACUUAUCUAUGUGUGGGCAGUAGAGCAAGAAUACAAGAAAGAAAGAUCAAAAUAUCUCAAGGAAGAUAAAAGACUGAAAGAGGAAAGUAAUAAUCAGCUGUCAAAGGAGGCAUCAACCAAUUCAUGUACAUGUAUUGACAGUCAGAUUUCUGAUUCUUUAGAUAAAAUAAGUAACUGGGAAAACAGAGAUAGGGACAUCAUUGUACACACGCAACCCAAGUUGUCAGUUCAUACAAACCGAACUGCUUUCACUUCUCAGGAGCUGCUUGUUCCAUGGCAUCUCAAAGGAGAUGCCAAGAAGAGCAGUGAUGCACACAAGGAAAAAGAACUUGCAGAUAUGCAAAAUCUGACUGACACAGAGCUUGUAUUCCAUCGCUAUUAUCAUGUGUUUUGUGAAGGUGAACUUGAAGCAGCCUGUAGAAGGGUAGCAGGUGUCAGAAUUGAACAGAGUUAUUAUGAUCAAGGCAACUGGUGUGUGAUACUUGAAAAGCAGUAAAUAGUUUCAUUUUCUGCCUUCUGUAGACCUAAUUAUGGAGUAAUGCAAUAACAAAAAUAUUUGACUUGGGUAUCGUAAUGUAUGUUCAGUUUUAUUAAACAAUUUCCUAAGUCUUUUAACAUAACAUUUUUCUAUUUUGGAACAAUACCAUGUGACAUUUACCCAGUUUAAAUGAAAUACUUCACUUUAUAAUUGAAGUAAGAGCAGUUUUGAAGGGGAUGUAGUUAUCCAUUUUUUCAAAACAUAAAAGUUUUAUCCAGUUCAGGAUUGUGAACAGCUUAAGGUUUUUCUGGCAAAUAUUGGAAGAAAAGGGGAGCCAUUUCUUGAUAGGGCCCCCUUCCAUUGUAGCUUUCUCUCCUUGUCACUUUCUGUCUCUCAUAUAUAUAGCACACACACGGUCAAUUCACCUGACUAUAUGUCUUGGGGAUGUGGAAGGAAAUUGGAGAACUUGGUAAAUCCCAUGUAGUCACAGAGAAAACAUGAAAACUCCAUAAAGAAAGCAGCACAUCCUAGAAGUGAACCAUAUAACAAAGCUUCCUGAGACAGCAUUACUAACCACUUCACCAUUCUGCUGCUAGCAUUUAAGUUCAACUCAAGUGGAAACCUGUCUGUCCAUCCUAGGAAAAGAUUAGACUAAUAAAUUAAAAAAUGUCUUCAUUGCCAGAUUAACAGCAAGAAUACAGUCAACUCUUAUGGCUGCCUAAAUGACACUGUCUGUCAUGCCUUAUGGCUUAGAUAAACCUCUUCAGUGUUGAUAUAUUAACUGUGUUGCUAUUAGGUUUUUGUUGAAGGAAUGUGAAUAUCUUAGAGCUAUGCUUGAGUUAUGUUUUAUUCAUACCUUGUUUUAUUUGUAACUUUGUGUAUAUAAUGGUGCAAUAAAGCAUUCAUUUUUAAA